ACACUCACGACGUCACGACCUCUUCAUGAAAUAGCCCUCAACAAAUCCCUACACAAACGACUAACGAUUCUCGAUGAUACCGACUUUCCUGUUAUUGUUCCUCCUAUUCUCAACGGUGCACGGGUAUACCCCAGCAGCCAGGUGCGUUGAUCGAAAAAAGAUGAUGCAUGGUGCAUCUCGGAGCCAAGUUUCUCACUCUUCCAUAGAUGGGGACAAGCAGCCUCACUUGUUCUGAGCUCUCUUUUCAUACAAGGCGGGAAACAAGAUCCCUUCAACUCCCAAGGAUACACCUCCGCUUCAGCGCAGAGCGAUCUCCUCUUUCUCCCUCUUUCGGCAGACUUCUCAGUCGAUUCUCCGCCCUGGAUGCUGAUCAGCGACCCCGCCAACUCGAGUCAGUCGCACGGACCUUCCGUCGCUUGGCACACACUCUCCGCCUUUGGUCAGAAUCAACUGCUGCUCUUCGGUGGGCUGCCUACCCCCGUCGUCCCAAUCGACACUCUCAAUGACUCGGCUGUGCUUCUGGACGUGCUGAAUCGCAGUGCACCGUCAUUCACGAAUGAGACGGUGGGCUGGGGCGCUGAACCCAUGCGACGCAUCCAUCACGCCGCUGUCAGUAGUCCAAGCGGAGAGGUCUACAUUUUCGGAGGCGAGAAGGGCGACGAUUCCAGGAUCGCGUUUCCGGACAACUAUGUAUUCGAUCCGGCGACUUCGACCUUUUCUCCGCUCCCCACGGACUCGGCCCCGCCGGCGUUGACUGGGCAUGCUGCGGUGAUUCUGGCCAAUGGCCAGGUGCUCGUUUUCGGGGGCUUGGGUCCCAAUGGGCUUCUUCCGAUGAACGUGUUCUACACAUUUGACACGGACACCAAUAGCUGGUCGUCUCAGACGAUAGGCACUGCGGCGGCGGUUCCCAGCGGAAGACGUGGUUUCGCUUACGUGCUGGACGGGGACAGCAUCGUCAUUCAUGGUGGCUGUGAUGCUGUCUAUCAAACGACGUAUAGUGAUGGCUGGAUCUUCAACAUCACAACCCAAUCUUGGACUAGCGUGCCUGCGCUGGACUCGCUCGGGCCGCGACGUGAUCAUUUUGCAGUCGCGUACAACAAUCAAGUCAUUUUCGGAUUUGGCUAUGCCCAAAAUGGACCCGCCGAUGCCGCACUGUCUGUGUUCGAUUUUUCAUCGCAGACCUUCCAGCCAAGCUACACUGCCCCUCCCCCUACUGCCACUGUCUCGGCCACGAUCCCCUUUGGGACAUCCACUGUCACAGAUGCCCCGACUGGAACCGGAACCAAGGGCAGCGGUGUGACAGGCAGUGUGACAAGCUCCGUCCACCCAUCCUCGACGCUAACGACCGGGAAUGGUGGCAACGGUGGGAAUAGCGGCAACGGUGGCGGAUCGAAUGGCGGAGGCACCAACGGCGGCGGAACCGACGGACGGAAGCCAGAUGGUCCCGGCAGUGGGUCAACCAAAAGCACGACCAGGAUCGCUAUUGGUGCCGUGCUCGGUGUGCUCGCGCUUGUUGUGGCAGCGGCUUGCACCGUCUGGUAUCUUCGCCGAGAACGGACCAAGCGCUGGAACGAAGGGGGUGUUUUCUCACCUUUGAACGAUGACGAGGCCGGUGCUCCUCCCCCAGCGUUGAUGUUCGAUUCCCAUCGGGCUGGCGACGGCGUCAUCGGAACAAUGCAGUCUUGGGGUUUGCGAGUAGCAGACAUGGUCGGAGCGGGCGGCGUUGUUGGCACGGGCGCGGUCGCUGCUCUGAAGGACAAACAACAGCGCCGAGACAUGCUCGCUGAUGAAGAUACACGUGACUUCGGAGGUUUUGGCUGGUUCGAUGAGCGAGACGAACGAUCUAGCCGGCGACAGCGAGAAGCCAGCGGCGGAAGUAGCUGGAGUCUUGCGAACGUCUUCCGCCCCAAGGCUCGGCGAGAGAAUAGCGCGGCCAGCACCAUGACCUACGGGAGCCGUCUCUUGAGUCGCAACGCCUCGUUGAUGCAAGGGCCGUCGGAGAAAGAUCCUUUCCGUGACCAACCAUUGGAGGACGUCGCCGCUCGUACCUCUGUUCAACGGCAGAUGAGCUACCACAGCACUUACUCGGACCCUUUUGAAGAUGAACAAGGGACAGAAGCAAUCCGGCUCGUCCCCAGAGGCAUUCUCAGUCCUGUCACAGAACUGUCUUCGUCCGCUGCAUCGGCAUCCGUGUCAGGUUCUUCGAGCGACCAGCACGCCCCUCCUGACUCACUUUCACGAUCGUUCUCGUCCACAUCGCAUUCGACGCCGCCUUUGUCUAUUGGCAGCAGCGCGUCCAGACCUCGGACGUCAAGCAUCCUGGAUAUGCUCCCCCCCAAACCCGACCAGCCGAUGCGGCGGAGCGACACUUGGUGGGCUCGGUUCUCAAGCAAGAGCUUGCUUGAUCGCCGAACGAGUCAGACAUCGGCGGCGCCUGCGAUGGAUUUCCGCGACCCGAAUCCAUUACCUCAACGGCUUGGAUUUGUGGAGGAGGAAACAGCCAGUGUGCUGCGCGAGCGGUCCGAUGGAUCCAACACGAGUCAAGCAGGACCGGGGCCUUACCGCCGACCCGGGCAGCACGGCAAGUCGAUGUCCUCGAUCCAGACCCAGCAGACGGCCGAUUCAGCUGCGCUGGAACGCAUCGGCGGAAUGAAUAUAGUGAUGCGCGGCUCGAGGCAAAGCGGCAGCACAAGUACAAGAGGGGCAACCGACGCCGACAGCUGGACAGGCGGAGAGGAUGAGGUCAUCAUGACUUCGCCCGUCGAAAUGGUGCCUGCAUCGUCCUUCAACCUUCCACCUUCACCGCCUGGCCCACAACCGCGUCCGCCGUUGUCCAACGCAUCGUCUUCGGGAUCAUCGGGCACGUCCGUUGCCGACCGGGUCAAAGCCUACGAGCGGCGCAUGUCACAGGACGUGCCACCAGCAACUCCGAAACGAACUGCACACGGAGUCAACUACGGAUUUGCUGCAAGGCCCAGUCUUUUUGUGGCAAAUCCGGACCAACAACAAUUAUAAACGCGCCCACUGAUAUCCACGGACGUGCUCAAGUGCUGAAUGCCGUCCUCUGAUCUAUUCGAAUACUAACGACCUCUUGUUUGUUUGUUCUCACUGUUGUUUACGAUACUUACGGACACUGUACAAAUAUUACAUAUGUACCAAAGACUUGCUCAUGUGUCAAUAGCAAGUUCUGAUUAGACAAUUGUCGUCAAGAGCACAAAUACAUCAAAGCACGGAAACAUCACGAAGAAAUACACCCUUGAAAACAUCUUAGACAGCCUGCGCCUCUUGGUCGACAAACUCCAUCGCCUCUUCCCGCUUGAUAGUGCGAAUGGACGACACCUUCUGGUUGUUGAACAACACGCCGUAAAACUUGUCCGCAGUGACCAGCAUCUCGGGUCGGAACGUCGUGGUGAUGAACUGGGCAUUCGCCGCGAGAGAAUGUAUCAUGGCUGAGGAUGAGAAUCCUGUCAGCGGACAGAUUCAGUUAAAGACAAUUGCAGCUCACAGGCAACGGCCGUGCGGUAUUGC